UCCCCGACACAUCCAUCCCACUCAGGGGACAGGUAGCUGCGCGGCGACACAGGUAACCCAACCCGCGGCCCACUGCGACCACGCUAGAGUGACAGUACGACGGUGAUCUCAGUGCUGAGAACAGACUGGGACGGAGGACUGGCCGGGUGCUGAUAUUACAAACUAGGAUUGUACCCAGAAGGAUCACAAUGGCAUCUCUACUGAGUGAGACGAUGGUAGUCUUCUUAACAUUGAUUCCAGUGAUCGCCGCUGAAACCGAGCUCAACUACUUGAUCGCCAGCUGCACAGUGGCCAUCCUUCUCCUCAUCCUCUGUAUAACAAUGGCAGUUAUUUUUUACAACUGUGGCGCAAUUUACCGGUCCUUUGGUUAUGAAUUAAUACCAAAACACGAACGGAAGAGAGUCGAAGUGAUGAAGAAGUUGAGCCGCCAUUCCUCCGAGCAAUACCUGACGACCCAGAUCACAGCGGACAGGGGUAGGUUUUUCUCCCGGAGGAAAAUGUAUAGUGUACCGUGUACAGUGUAUCGCCAAUCGAGUACCGUGUACCGUGUACAGUGUAUCGAGUACCGUGUACAGUGUAUUGACUAUUGA